AUGGGCAGUAGGACAGGGAGAGAGGAAGAAAUCUGCUUGGUUAACAUGCAUCUCACUUGUCAUCGUUUAGGUUGUUUUGAAUGCUGUAUCAAGUGCUUGGGGGGCAUUCCCUAUGCCUCUCUGAUUGCCACCAUCUUGCUGUAUGCUGGAGUUGCUCUCUUCUGUGGGUGUGGACAUGAAGCACUCUCAGGAACAGUGAACAUUCUGCAAACCUAUUUUGAGAUGGCAAGAGCUGCUGGAGACACUCUUGAUGUUUUCACAAUGAUUGACAUUUUCAAAUAUGUGAUCUACGGAGUAGCAGCUGCCUUCUUUGUUUAUGGCAUUUUGUUGAUGGUGGAAGGAUUUUUUACAACUGGUGCCAUCAAGGAUCUCUAUGGAGAUUUCAAAAUCACCACUUGCGGCAGAUGUGUCAGUGCCUGGUUUAUCAUGUUGACUUAUAUCUUCAUGUUGGCCUGGCUGGGAGUCACAGCCUUCACCUCUCUGCCUGUUUACAUGUAUUUCAACCUGUGGACCAUUUGUAAAAACACCACCCUUGUGGAAGGAGCAAAUUUCUGCUUGGAUCUUCGUCAGUUUGGAAUCGUAACAAUUGGAGAGGAAAAAAAGAUUUGUACAGCAUCUGAAAAUUUCCUCAGGAUGUGUGAAUCUACUGAGCUGAACAUGACAUUCCAUUUGUUUAUUGUAGCCCUGGCUGGGGCUGGAGCAGCUGUCAUUGCUAUGGUCCACUAUCUUAUGGUUCUGUCUGCUAACUGGGCCUAUGUGAAAGAUGCUUGCAGGAUGCAGAAGUAUGAGGAUAUUAAAUCAAAGGAAGAGCAAGAAUUACAUGAUAUUCAUUCUACUCGCUCCAAAGAGCGGCUUAAUGCCUACACAUAAGGGAAACCUUGUCUUACUUUCUACCAUUAUUUGCUUUGUUGUUUAACUAAAGGCCACCCAUCUUUCCAUUUUUAAAAUCAAAAUGAAAAAGUAAUUCUCACAAAACAUAGUAGGGUGACUUGUACAUUGCCCCUAUAUAAUUCUUGGUUGUCCAGCACUUGGUUUCUUAAUUAGUUAAUAGCUUGUGUGAUCAGUUUCUACUACAAAGCUCCUGAAACAGCCUUUCCUGCACCCUAAAAUGAUUUUCUGUUAGAUUCAGAACACUAACUAUUGUCAAAUACAGAGAUGUGUUUUUUUAAAAAUCACUUCAUAUGUGUUAACGCAUAACACUUUUUUUCUUAUAAGUUUUUGAAAAAGAACAAAUGGCUUUUUAUACUUUUUAGUUUGAAUUUUAGUAAGUACUUUAACUACAGGUAUGCUUCUAAGGGACCCCUCGUACACCAUGUACAAUUUUUUGAGGAGGCACACUGCUGACAUUCCUUCAGAUUUGGAAAUAUUGCCAGAUGGACCAGUGGGCAUCUUGAUGGAGGGUCCUGAGGACAUUUUAAAAACAAUCAAAGGUGCAAUUUCUAAAUUUGUAAGAGUAGGUAAAAAACAAAAAGAAGUGCUUCUUAUGUUUGUUAACAUUGUAUUAUUCUUGAUGUACUUAAUGGAGUAUUCACUAUUUUAAAGUUUCAUUGAUGGCUAUUCCUGUUUAUAUUGUGAGCAUGCAGACCGUAGUGCUUGUAAUGCAUGGCCAUGCGUCUUUUUCAAAGCGUAUGAUGACCACCGUUACCCUCAAGAUUUGCAGUGUAUAGACAAAUGUUACAUAGAGUUAUGUAUAAGUUUCUACAGAAUGACCUCUGUAAUCCCAAAAUGGCUAUGCUAAACUGGAGCUGUUCAUGUGCUGAUCUGCGCAAUUUUUUCUUAGCUAUAUUUAUAAAAAUGCUAUAUCUAUAAUACAGCAAUCUUAAGAGCCAGAGUCUUUUUACCUGCUUUAAACAAUUAAGUGGAUUGCACCUGUCUGAAUUAUAUAUAGAAUGUAUGUGAUCUUUUUUUGAGGAGGCUUCCAUAAUUGUAAUAGCUUGGCUUGUAGCUUUCCUACACACAUACUGGUUUACCUGUAUAAUGUUAAAGUGAAGUUAAUGGCUGCUACUGGAGCUAUUGUUUGGAAAUGUUAAUAAUAUAUUUGAACCUUUAUUUUCAAUAAGAAAGUAUUAAGAGAAAAGUCAGUCAUGUUAAUCUGAAAGAAGUACCUGUCUAAAAACAAACAAAAACACAUAAAAACAUAUAAAAAAUGGAAAAAAAGUAUUAUUGGACCAAAUUUGGUGUUUUUAUUUUUAUUUUUUGCCUAUUUCUAAUGCUACAAGAAUGCUGUAAAGUGUCUUUUAAAGUGAUGUAUUCUGACAAGACAUUUUUGUCAGUGUUUUUUUAAAAAAAACCUAGCUAGUUUGUGCACUUAUUGGAUCAUUGUGAAUUCUUUCUCAGUGUAAGUGCAUUUCUAAUAAAAAUUCUUGAGUAAAACUCUUCUUUGUACAAUUACUAGUCAUGCAUCAUCAGUAAUUUUUACCAAUUCUUGUAGUAAGUAGAGGGUAAUUCAAUAGUUACUUGUGGCAUGUUUAUGCAUCAAGUUGUAUUAGUUCAUUUUGCAUUUUUUAAAUUUGUUUUGUUUUGAUUUUAUUUUAUUUUUUACACUUUACUGUCUUAUAAGGGGUCAACAUUCCAAAAUGUGCAGUACCAGUAUUUACAGUUCUGCAGAGGUAUUAUUAACUUCUUUCUAUUCUAUAUUGUAGUGUUUCAGUUUUGUGUCUUAAAACAGUUUGUGAUGCUUUUUAAAAUGUCUUUUAAACUCAUGUAAUGAUGUUGAUGCUUUUGGCUUUUCUCUGUAUUAGAGUUUGUAUUUUCACAAAGAAUGCUUUGUAGCAGGCAUUAUAAUUAAUCUGUUUUGUACAUAAAUGUGCCAACAGCUUGAUGGUGGCGUUUUUGAACUGUAGAACCAAGUGCUUGCAAAAAUGUAAUAAAUACACUUGUGUACUUUGUGUACUUA